ACUGGGGGGGUGUGGCGGGGAGAGAGCCAAGAUCCCAGCAUUCCCUUCGUGCCGCCACCAAGAUGGCGGCGCCCACGUUGCGGUACCUUUUCAGAGGCCGGUGGUCUCGUACCCCAGGCCCGUCAGCAAACUUGCCCCUGGGCCUGCGUAAGGCCCACUCGGGCGCUCAGGGGUUACUAGCGGCGCAGAAGGCUCGGGGUCUGUUCAAGGAGUUCUUCCCGGAAAGAGGUACGAAGGUGGAACUCCCGGAGCUCUUCAACCGUGGCAUGGCGGGCAGCUUUCCGCAGACCAUAUACUGCGGCUUCGACGCCACGGCCGACUCGCUUCACGUGGGGCAUCUGCUGGCACUGCUGGGUCUGUUUCAUUUCCAGCGAGCGGGUCACAAUGUGAUCGCUCUGGUGGGAGGUGCCACGGCGCGCCUGGGAGACCCGAGCGGCCGUACCAAGGAGCGCGAGGCGCUGGACGCAGAGCGCGUGCGAGCCAACGCCAGCGCCCUGCGCCGAGGCCUCGAGGCCUUGGCGGCUAAUCACCAGCAGCUCUUUACUGACGGGCGGACCUGGGGCAGCUUCACCGUGCUGGAUAACUCGGCCUGGUACCAGAAGCAGCACCUGGUGGACUACCUGGCGGCCGUGGGCGCUCACUUCCGCAUGGGCACGCUGCUGAGCCGGCAGAGCGUGCAAACGCGGCUCAAAAGCCCGGAAGGCAUGAGCUUAGCCGAGUUCUUUUACCAGGUGCUCCAGGCCUAUGACUUCUAUUACCUGUUCCAGCGUUAUGGAUGCCGGGUCCAGCUGGGCGGGUCUGAUCAGCUGGGCAACAUCAUGUCUGGAUACGAGUUCAUAAACAAGUUAACUGGAGAAGACGUAUUUGGGAUCACCGUCCCUCUAAUUACAAGUACAACUGGAGCAAAGUUAGGAAAGUCUGCUGGUAAUGCUGUCUGGCUAAACAGAGAUAAGACAUCUCCAUUUGAAUUGUAUCAAUUCUUUGUCAGGCAGCAGGAUGAUUCUGUGGAAAGGUACCUGAAGCUCUUCACUUUUCUGCCCAUUCCAGAGAUUGACCACAUUAUGCAGCUGCACAUCAAAGAGCCAGAAAAGCGAGGUCCUCAGAAACGACUUGCUGCAGAAGUAACAAAGCUUGUUCAUGGACGAGAAGGACUGGAUUCUGCUAAAAGGUGUACACAUGCCCUUUAUCAUAGUAGCAUAGAUGCACUGGAGGUCAUGUCUGAUCAAGAGUUAAAAGAGUUGUUUAAAGAAGCUUCAUUUUCAGAAUUAGUUCUUGACCCUGGAACAAACGUCCUUGAUACAUGCCGCAAAGCAAAUGCCAUUCCAGAUGGUCCCCGAGGGUAUCGGAUGAUAACAGACGGUGGAGUCAGUAUAAAUCACAGACAAGUAACAAAUCCUGAGAGUGUUUUAGUUGUCGGACAACAUAUUCUCAAGAAUGGACUUUCUUUACUUAAAAUAGGAAAAAAGAAUUUCUAUGUUAUAAAAUGGCUUCAGUUAUGAUGAAAAAUUCUUCUGGUUAUUCAAACAAACUUAUCCAUCAUUCAUUCUCAAGACAAAUGAAAGGUUGGUUCCAAAACUUAUGCUUUCGCUUAUGCAAAUAAGAAAAACGGAGAAUGGAGUAUACACUAGCCCUCACAGUGUGAGUAAUUUCAUUAUUUUUAUGGGUUGGUUAAUAAAUAAGGUGUUUGUUUAACGAGGGGAUAUUUUAUUUCCUGACCCACAAACACUAAGGACUACAUAGAGAAAACUGAUUUCUCUUUAAAAGAUUUUUUUUUUUUUAAAUUAUACUACGUGAAAGAAAUAAAUGCUUUCUUUCCUGUCCUACCCUUCUUGCUCUCCUUUUUGAAGUGAUGAGGAAGAAUAAAAAAGGUGUAGUAUAAGGAAUUGUCGAUACUUUUAUAUCAGGCAUGCAGCUCUGAUCUCACUAGUGUUAUACAGUUUUUAUAAAACCGCAGCACAUCUACUGUUCACAUUAUAAAUGGGAAAUCUAGUAUUGCAAACCUGUAAAUUUCUGAUUGUUUUUUUCUCCUUAAAAAGGAGAAAAGUUUAGAUGAGGACUUACUUGGCAUUAGAAAUUAUAGCAAGAAAUAGUAUUUUUUUAAAGAAAAGAAAUCAGUACUUGACUUUUCAGAAAGUUUCUAUUUCAAUUUUCCACUGCCUUGCCUGUGUUUCAGUAUAAUUCUAUUUAUUCACAGCCUUCUUUUGUCAGUGGAUUCUGAAGGUAGCAAUAUUUUAUAAAUUCAGAAACUUUUAAAUUAGUUUUAAGUUUCAACUUCUGUUCUCAAGCAGAUUGCAUCUUGAGGUAAACUGAAAAGUUAAGUAACCAAAGAAACAAAAUAGAGGCAUAUAUUGCACCAAAUAUGCAAUCAUAUGAGAAUAUCAAAAGGUAUCCAGGUAAGGUAAGUUCUCAAGUCAAACUUAAAGCAUUUGGAAUCAAGACUGAGUUCAGCUCUGCAUAUAUUAGGCAACCUAAUUCUCCAGAACUGUUUCCACGUCCAAAAAACCAUUUCCCUGAUGGAUCUCUUCUGAAGAUCUUACAGGCAGCCAAGCAUGAUGUUAGUGUUCAGAUUCUAGCCAUUUACUACCUAGAUUACUUGGAGCAAGUCACUGUCUUCAUAUGCAAAGAUGGAGAUACCUUGGUGAAAUGUGAGAAUCUAAUAAAAAAAGAAGCCAUAAAACGCUUGGUACAGUA